CCGUGGCAGACAGACCUAUUCGAACCAUCGGCAAAAAAUGGCGGUAACUUUACGAUAGCGUAAAAGUAUUUUACAUAGACAAAGUAAUUUUUAUACAAGUUUAAUUCUAUAGUGAAAAUAUAGUUUGAGGCUUUUAAUAGCGCACAAGAUUUUCGAAUAUUAAAAAUGAGGCUGUAUUAGUAGCCAACGUAGACCACGUUGGCUUCGGUCGCUGUCCAAACCUAGAUAAAUACCAAACAACUAAAAUGAGAUAGAGCGAAUGUGUGGAGGCAGUAUCAUAAAGGAUUUCAGAUGUCGUGUCUCUGUGACAACUUUGCCUAGACAAUGCAAGGCCUCGUCGGAAUUGCAACAGCCUCCGCAUUUCUGCAAAUAUUGCUUUCCUUUGCUGCCGUGGGCGGCGUCAGCUGGGAGGAAUGGUGGACCUACGACGGAAUUUCAGGUCCUGCAUUUUGGGGACUGAUCAAUCCAGAAUGGUCACUCUGCAACAAAGGUCGCCGACAGUCACCAGUCAAUCUCGAACCAGAAAAAUUACUCUUCGAUCCGAAUCUGAGGUUUUUGCACAUAGAUAAGCAUAGGAUAAACGGCUUGAUAAGCAAUACAGGCCACUCGGUAAUCUUCACAGUUGAGAACGAGACUCGUCAUCACAUUAAUAUAACGGGCGGGCCUCUCUCUUACAAGUAUCAGUUCCACGAGAUACACAUACAUUACGGACUUCACGAUCAAUUCGGAUCCGAACACGCUAUUAAUGGAUAUUCGUUUCCAGCCGAGAUUCAAAUAUUUGGUUUCAAUUCACAGCUGUAUUCAAACUUUUCAGAAGCUAUUCAUAAAGCUCAGGGCAUUGUAUCAAUUUCAUUACUUUUACAACUGGGUGAUUUAUCAAAUCCGGAGUUGAGGAUAUUAACGGAAGAAUUAGAGAACAUAAAAUAUGGUGGAGCAGAGAUGCCUGUCAACCGUCUGUCUGUUCGUGGGUUACUCCCCGAUACUGACUACUACAUGACCUACGACGGCUCCACCACAGCACCUGCCUGCUACGAGACUGUUACCUGGAUUAUCAUCAAUAAACCUAUUUAUAUAACAAAGCAACAGUUGCACGGCCUGCGAAGGCUAAUGCAAGGUGACGCUCGCCAUCCCAAGGCUCCUCUCGGGAACAACUUCCGGCCCCCACAGCCUCUGCACCAUCGUGCUGUCCGGACAAACAUCGACUUUGAUUUGAGCAAGUAUCCUGGUAAAACAUGUCCCAGUAUGCAUCGAGACAUGCAUUACAAAGCCAAAACAUGGACUCAAUAUUAGAAAAGCUAAUAAAAUAGGCAUAAUAUAGAACUAGUUAAGUAGAACAAUGUGUAUCUUUUACAAUUAAGCUUUUGUAAAUAUUUUGUACAGUCCAAUUAUACUUCUGUGCUCAUUUUAUUAAAAAAAAAUAUGUGUAACAUAUUAUGAGUAUAUAAAGAAAUUGUAUUUAAAAAAAAGAACAAUUAUUUAAUGUUUAUGGAAGAUAUUAAUUUUGAUUAUAUAAGCCAAAAUAUCAGCUGUCUUUAGAGCAAAUAGAAAAUUUUUAUAUUUUGAAUUGUAUCUUUAAAACGGUUCUGUACCCUUUAUAGUAGUCUUAGUAAAAUGAGUAUAUAGAUCGUUUAUUAUCUCAAAUUAUUUAGACAUUUUACAACAGAUUUAAAAAAUGUAUAAUUUUCUCAAAUAUUACAAAGAGAAAAAUUUUGUUUAUCUACAAUGAACAUGUUAAUAUUAAUAUUUAUCAUAAUUGAAAUUCAAAAAUAUCGUGAGGUCGCAAAAGUAGUUUGAUGAAAUUAAAAUGAAUUUAGAAAGUCAUAUCAUAUUAGUUAAUGUUUGUAGAUAUGAUAUUUAUUAAUGUAUCAUAAAACCACUGUAUGGCAAAUUUAGUUACCUAUGUCACAGUGAAAAUACAUUAUAUUCGUAUGGAAAUAAAAACGGCUUUUAAACACAAUGUUUUAUUGAAGAACAAACCCGACCCCUACAUUUAAUAUUCAA